AUGGCUUUCCUUGUUCUUCUUCUCUUCUUGUUUUUGGGUCGUUUCGUUGCCUCCCAACCGCCGCCGAAUGUGACGGUUGGCUCGCGGUGUCGUUUAGACUCUGCUUGCCAAGCUUAUGUGACCUUCUUGGCAAGGUCUCCUGAGUUUUUGGAUCUGCAGAAUGUGUCUGAUCUGUUUGGAGUUCGUCGGUCGUUGAUUGCUGAAGCUAGUAACUUGGAUCCCGAGGAUGGAUGUUUGUUCUCGGGCGAGCUCUUGCUGGUUCCGGUGCGUUGUGGCUGCAAUGGAGACCGCUACUUUGCCAACAUCACUUACCAAAUCAAGGAAGGUGAUGUCUACUAUACUUUAGCAACGAAUUCAUUUGAGAAUCUUACUGAUUACCCUGCAGUGCAAGCUUUGAAUCCCAAUUUGAAGCCAAGCUUUCUGCACACAGGAGAUGAAGUAACUUUCCCUCUCUACUGCAAGUGUCCCUCGAAAACGAAUGUCGAAAAUCAUAUCAAUUACUUUAUUACUUACAUAUGGCAUUCGACCGAUAACAUUUCCGAUGUCAGUGCUGAGUUUAACGCCUCGAGCGAUGCCAUACUAGCUGAAAAUAAUUACACGGAUAUGAGCGAUGCAGCAAACCUCCCUGUAUUCAUACCUGUGUCGCAAUUGCCUCUUCUCUCUCAAACAAAUCCAUACGACGAGACGAAGAAAGCCAACCGGAAGCGGAUUCUUGUCAUUUCGAUGAGUGUAGGAGGUUCGGUUUUGAUUCUUCUUUUAGCAGCUGGGCUGGUCUGUGCUCAUUUUGUUUGUAGGAAUAAGAAGUCAUUGAAAUGGAACAAAUUCUCUAUGGACACUACUGAUAGCCCUGCAAGGAACAAUGCCUUUGGGGCUAGAAUUAACUUGCAAGAUGACAGAUUGCUUCCUAAGAUUUCAGACUAUCUAAGCAGGCCAAUUUUUUAUGAUAUCAAUGUGAUCAUGGAGGCAACCAAGAAAUUGAAUGAGUGUUCUAGAAUUGGAGGAUCAUCGGUGUACCGAGCAACAAUCAACGGGCAGGUCUGUGCAGUAAAGAAAAGCAAAGAAGGUAUAACUGAAGAACUAAACAUAUUGCAGAAAGUAAACCAUGUGAAUCUAGUAAAGGUAAUCGGUUUCUCGAUCGACAUUGAUCGGAGUUGCUUCCUAGUCUACGAAUACACGGAAAAUGGUUCACUUGAUAAGUGGUUGCACUCCUCCUCCUCCUCGGCCGUCCUCAAUUGGGAUCAAAGACUAUCCAUAGCAUUAGACGUGGCCAAUGCUUUGCAGUACAUGCACGAACACAUUCAACCGAGCAUCGUUCAUCGAGAUAUCCGAACGAGCAACAUACUUCUCGAUUCAAAGUUAAAGGCAAAGAUAGCAAAUCUUUCCCUGGCGAAGCCUGCAAUAAACUCAACAUCACACAAGAUAGACGUUUUCGCAUUUGGAGUUGUUUUGUUGGAGUUACUUUCAGGUAAAAAAGCGAUCGAGACGAAAGGAGAGGGCGAGGUGGUGAUGUUGUGGAAGGAUAUAAGAGAGGUGGUGGAUGUUGAAGAGAAGAAGGAAGGGAGGGUGAGGACAUGGAUGGAUACAAGACUUGAAAGUUUGUACCCCAUUGAUGGAGCUCUGAGCUUGGUAGACUUGGCCACAGCAUGCACACAUGACUUGGCCUUGGCAAGGCCAAGCAUGGCUGAGAUUGUGUUUAAUCUCUCUGUUCUCACUCACUCUCCCUCUUUGACAGAAACAUCUUGGAUUUCUGGUUCGGAAUCGACAGAUGUUAGCCAAAACAUCGGUACCGUUGUGGCUCGGUGA